GCUGUCAUUGAGGCCAGAAGGAUGCAAACACAAAGCACUCAUCCUGGGCAGGAUCACUUGUAGCAGGAAUCUUCAAAGGUCUUAUUAAUAAAAUCAAACCUGGAGCCAGGUACUGGGGUCAAUGCUGGAAGAUCAGAGAAGCAGAACAAGUCACAGCCACUUCACCUCGCCAGUUCCUCAGCUGAUCCUGUUUCCUCAGACUGGAAGCCUCUGUGUCCUCAUCCAAAUGGAUCUCAGCUGAACUGUUUGUCGAAAGCCUGAAAGCUUAACUGACUAGUUCCUGUUUUUGAUGCCUUUUAUACCUUUCUGCUUCCUGCCAUCACUUCCUGGGAUUAAAGGCUCUUGUUACUAUGGCUGGCUGUUUCCAGUGUAGCCUUAAACUCACAGAGAUCCAGACGGAUCUCUGCCUCUGGAGUGCUAGGAUUAAAGAGCUUGGCCUCCAGAAAAGAGGAUGCUGUCUGGUGCUGGGCUACAUGGCCAAGGACAAGUUUCGGAGGAUGAAUGAAGGCCAAGUCUACUCCUUCAGCCAGCAACCCCAGGACCAAGUGGUGGUGUCAGGACAACCGGUGACGCUGCUGUGUGCCAUCCCAGAAUACGAUGGCUUCGUCCUGUGGAUCAAAGACGGCUUGGCUCUGGGUGUAGGAAGAGACCUCUCAAGUUACCCCCAGUACCUGGUGGUAGGAAACCACCUGUCAGGAGAGCAUCACCUGAAGAUCCUGAGGGCUGAACUGCAGGAUGAUGCCGUGUAUGAAUGCCAGGCCAUCCAGGCUGCCAUCAGGUCCCGCCCUGCACGCCUCACAGUCCUGGUGCCACCCGAUGACCCCAUCAUCCUAGGAGGGCCUGUGAUCAGCCUUCGGGCAGGGGACCCUCUCAACCUCACCUGCCACGCGGACAAUGCCAAGCCCGCAGCUUCCAUCAUCUGGCUACGUAAAGGAGAGGUCAUCAACGGGGCCACCUACUCCAAGACUCUGCUUCGAGAUGGCAAACGUGAGAGCAUCGUCAGCACCCUCUUCAUCUCGCCUGGAGACGUGGAAAAUGGACAGAGUAUCGUGUGCCGAGCCACCAACAAAGCCAUCCCUGGAGGAAAGGAGACCUCAGUCACCAUAGACAUCCAGCACCCCCCACUUGUCAACUUGUCGGUAGAACCACAGCCGGUAUUGGAGGACAACAUCGUCACGUUCCACUGCUCUGCAAAGGCCAACCCAGCUGUCACCCAGUACAGGUGGGCCAAACGAGGUCACAUCAUCAAAGAGGCAUCUGGGGAGCUGUACAGGACCACUGUGGACUACACAUACUUCUCAGAGCCUGUGUCCUGUGAAGUGACCAAUGCCUUGGGCAGCACCAACCUCAGCCGCACAGUGGAUGUCUACUUUGGUCCCCGGAUGACCUCAGAGCCCCAGUCGCUGCUGGUAGACCUGGGCUCGGAUGCUGUCUUCAGCUGCGCAUGGAUCGGCAACCCGUCUCUGACCAUCGUGUGGAUGAAACGGGGUUCUGGUGUGGUCCUGAGCAACGAGAAGACUCUGACCCUCAAAUCUGUCCGCCAGGAGGACGCUGGGAAGUACGUGUGCCGGGCUGUGGUGCCCCGGGUAGGAGCUGGGGAGAGAGAGGUGACCUUGACUGUCAAUGGACCCCCCAUCAUCUCCAGCACACAGACCCAGCAUGCCCUCCAUGGAGAGAAGGGCCAGAUCAAGUGCUUCAUCCGGAGCACGCCGCCACCUGACCGAAUCGCCUGGUCCUGGAAGGAGAAUGUGCUGGAAUCAGGGACCUCAGGGCGCUACACAGUGGAGACAGUGAGCACCGAGGAGGGUGUCAUCUCCACGCUGACCAUUAGCAACAUUGUGCGUGCUGACUUCCAGACCAUCUACAACUGCACAGCCUGGAACAGCUUCGGCUCUGACACAGAGAUCAUCCGACUCAAGGAACAAGGUUCGGAAAUGAAGUCGGGAGCCGGGCUGGAAGCAGAGUCUGUGCCAAUGGCCGUCAUCAUCGGGGUGGCCGUAGGAGCUGGUGUGGCCUUCCUCGUCCUAAUGGCAACCAUUGUGGCCUUCUGCUGUGCCCGUUCCCAGAGAAGUACGGGAGGGAGACCCGGGAUCUCAGGGAGGGGGACAGAGAAAAAGGCCAGGCUUAGACUGCCCAGGAGAGCAAAUCUCAAAGGUGUCGUGUCAGCCAAAAAUGAUAUCCGAGUGGAGAUUGUACACAAGGAGCCAGCUUCUGGCCGGGAGGCUGAAGAUCACACCACCAUCAAGCAGCUGAUGGACCAGAAUCCUCCUCCCUGUCCGGGCAGAAGCCUAAUCAGCUAUGCCAGAAGCUCAUAGAGCACACUAUGCGUGAUGGGACUAUCUGGAAAGAGCGACAGAGAGCAAGGAAUAAAGCACACCGGCUUCUCUGAACCUCAGUCUGUGAAAUGGAUGUGACCGCAGUACUAUGCAGGGUCGUCAGCAGGAUUUCAGGGGGAACAGCCUGAGUACAUCUGUGCAGGAUGUGAUCCCAUGAUUCCCAGAUACCCACAUCUGAGGAUGUGCAAGUCUCCUGUAUAAAACGGUAUAUAACAUUUACACAGGAACCACCCAUAUUCUCUCAUAGACAUAAAUCAUCUCUACUUAUAAUAUGUAAUGUAAUAUAAAUGCAAUGUAAACAAUUACUGUACCAUAUUGUUUAAGGAUUAAUGAUGAGUAGAAUAUGCAUGUUUGGUACAGGCAAUUUUCUCUAAAUACUUUUGAUGUAUGGUUGGAGGAAUCUGCUGUGCAGAAUCCAGGAAUGCAGAGGCCUGUCUGCAAGAGCCCAGAAAUUGCUAACUGUUGUGUUGCUCUAAAUCCACCCACUAGAUGGGGAGCAACUGCUGCCUGAUUCAUCCCUGGCAGAAGCUCACGAAUGCUUGGUGAAUGAAACUGACUUUUCUCUCUGGUACACUCUCUUCAGCCAGUCGAUUUUCAGAUUCACAGCAUUCUGCUUCAAAAAUAUGUCUCAGAUAUAUGAACCACCUCUCCUCCAUGCUCACGUUCUUCUUUGGGGUCUUGCCAGUGCUCCCUGGACCACUGCAGCAACCCCGUCAUGGAACUUGGCUUUGGCCACUUGUCACAAUCCAGCCUCUGGGGCCCUGCAAAAAGUGUCUUUCUGAAAGACAGAUCUGGCAUCUGGCGGCACACAUCUGUAACCCCAGGUUACAAACAAACAGUAGUAGCUCUGUGACUUUGAGGCCAGCCUGAACUGGUUAAUGAGACUCGGUCUCAAACUAAAUAAAAUAUUAAAUGUAAAUCUGCUCCUGUGACAAUCUACUGAAGUCCCUCUGUGGCUUCCAUGCCUGCUGGAUAAAGUCCAGCUGCUCAAUACGUCAUCACGCCCUUCGCUGCAAGGGACCUGCCAAUCUUCCCAGUUCCAUCUUUCAGGCAAACCGAUCUGGCUUUUCCAGACAUAAGAACGUGUGGUUCCUGGUCUGGGAGUCCUUUAUACAUCAGAGACCCAUGUCCCCUCACCCUGUUGACCUGUCAGCUGAAUUUCACGUCCUGCAAUAAGAAGGGGUUCAAAUGUCAUCCACUCCACGAUUUUCUCGGCUGCCCCCUCCUCACACAACGGCGAGCUUGCAUCCUCUGCGGCAGUCCCCUUGAGCCUCUUUGACAGCCGCUGCUGGAGGACAAGGAAACCUCUCCAAGCACUCUGCAGCUUGUCAAGGGCAAAGGUCCUGUAUCUCCCCUGGGGCCUCCCUAACACAAUACCAACAUAGCAGAGUGUUCCUUCACACAGGAGGGAACCCACAACCCAGACCUGAGAAGGAACGAUGCUCCUUAAGCUUCAUCAGGUCUACCCCUCAGGCCUAAUGGAUCCUUUAGCUCUCUCUCAAGGAGGCAUUUCUUUUGUCUCAAAGUCAAGCCCUCAGGAAGAGGGCAGGUGUCCCUGAGUAUUUUGGGAUGAGCAGAGGGGGUAAUUUGGCAGAAGGGACUUUCUGAGGCUCUGUAACUAGGCUCUCCCUUGGGAAAACAUUCACUGGUCCUCCUCCUCCACAUUGGGAGAUCUUAUACCCUAUGAUCUGGGGAAUACUCCAUUAAGGGGAAGUAGGCUUAGCUGUUACAUCUGGGGAGAAAGAACAACAAUCUAGAUGGAGCCAAAACAUUGACUGGAAAAAUGAAGAAAAAAAAAGGAAUGCAAUUAGUGAGAGAAUAACAGGAUGAAAGCACGUUGGCCCAUUCUGUGGGCCUCCAAGACAGAGAUGCAAGAGAGACAAACAAAACACCCCACUCAAAGAGCUGGGUGGGAGCCUGAGCUGGAGUACUGCUGCUGGAGUGAUGGUGCACCGUAUGUGUCCCGGGAAGCAUCCCUGUGCUCCCUGACCACUUUACACGCUCACUCUGCGCUGUGGAAGCUUUGGCCUGAUCUUACACCCAGUCAUUACUCUCAGUGAGCUGCUCACUUACUCAGAAUACCAAGCAUCGCACUCACCCUGGCCAGAAGCAUUCUAGCCAGUGACCACAACAUACAAGAUCCUAAACCAGGUGUGGUGGGGAUUGUAAGAGAGCGAGAUCUCUUCCCUCAGGUUGUUUGGCAUAUGUUAAAACAGUUGCCCUGUGCAUUUGAGUUGCUGCUGUAAGGAAUAGAUGUGACCUACUGGGUAGUCAGCUUUUUGUUGCUACGACAGACACUGAGAAAAUCAGGGUCAGGAUAGGGGGAAUGGCUCAGCUGAUAUGGUGUUUUGACACACAAACAUGGGGACCUGAGUUCAGUUCUCACAGAAUUCAUGUGAAAAAGGCAUGCACCAGUAAUCCCAGUCAUGCGCGUGCGCGCGCACGCACACACACACACACACACACAGAUAAAUUAAUUAAUUAAAUUAAAAAAUAAAAGAGGAACUGUUUCUCUUGGCUCAUGGUUUCAACCCAUGUUCAUGUGGUCCUGAUGCUGGCAGACCCAUGUCAAAGGCAGAACAUCACAGCAAAGCAUGCCUCAGAGAAGACUGUCUACCUUAUGCUGGCCAGGGUUCCAGCGGUCUCUUCUAGGGCACACCUCCAGUGGCCUUACUUCCUUCUACUAAGCACUACCUCCCAACAGUGCCACAUGAUGGGUACCACGCCUUGACCACAUGGUCUUUGGGGGGAUAGGUCAGAUCCAAACCAUAGCACCUAUGUUGCCAGCAUCUCAGUGGGGAUUCCUUCCAACAUCCCAGCCCUGGUUGACAGACUGCCCUAAAGAGCCUGCUCUAUACCCAGUGUUGAUGUUCUGUGAUUACUUGCUUACCUCUGGUGCAUCUACAUCUAUUUCCCCGAGGAGCAGAGCUCCGUCUUUCUGCAUCUUGUUCUGUAUAUACAGGGCCCUUAAUGCAUGGCCUGGCCAUAAUUUUUCAACAAACAUUCAAGUGGGAAGUCUGGAGAAGAUGUCCUUGUCCAACGGAAGAAAACAAAGCUUUACAAUUAUACCAAUGCUUCAUCCACCCUCCCCUCCUAUCUCUGUCCUGGGAUGAGGGUUCCCAGAAUAUUACUGAGGUCUGGAAUUGUACCCUAACUCUCCCACCUGCCUUUCUGCAGUCCGGGCUGUGCAGGGUACACAUAUGGCAAUCCUUGGAGCUCAUUUCUUCGUCUCCUCCUGGGAGGCGAUGGAGUUGAGCCCACCUUCUCCGCAUUGAGUAGC